AUGCCUCCUCGUCGCCGCGACGAUGAAGAGCGGCCACUGCUACAGCCCGGCGGAGACGUUGACAUCGCCAGCCAAUGCAGCUGCGAUGAGACGCAUCAGAUCCAAUUCGGUACGGACGAUGAAGAGAACCCCAAAGCCUGGAAUGGCCGGAAGAAGGUGCUCAACGUGGGCAUUAUCUCAUUGAUGGCUAUCCUGAGCCCCUUGGCCUCUUCCCUGUUCACUCUCAGCAUCUCCCAGAUCGCCGAGGACUUCGACACGAAUGAACAGAGCGUCAUCGCCACGACGACGGGGUUUGUCAUCACCCUCGGCCUGGGGCCUUUGGUCUGGGCUCCCUUGUCCGAAGACUUUGGGCGCCGGGCGUUGUAUGUUAGCUGUUUUGCCGUGUUCACGGUCCUCCAGGCGGCAUCGGCGUUGAGCCCAAACAUACAGACGCUGAUUGCCAUGGGACGGUUUCGGGCUUCUUUGGCAGUGAGUGUUGGAAUCGCCAAUGGGGGCGGAACUAUUUCGGACAUGUACAAUCCAUCUGAACGGGCGGGAAUCUUUGGAUACAUGUCAGGACCAACCCUUGGACCACUGUUCGGGAGAGUGAUCGUCAGUCGUUUGGGGUGGAGAUGGAUAUACUGGUUUCUCACCAUCGUCUUUGCCAUCAACACAGCAAUUGGCUAUCUCUUCCUCAAAGAGACCUACGCACCUGUCCUACCAGGUCGCCGCAAAUCCGAGCUUGCCCAGCAGGACUUUCAGGGCUCAGGAAUGAAGACGAGAUAUUACUUUGAUGGCGAAGACAAAAGACCGCUGUCCAAAAAGCUCCUGGCCAGCAUGAAACGGCCUUUUAUUAUAUUCGUGCAGCUCAUUGUGCUGACGAUGAGCAUGUACCAGGCCCUGAUCUUUGGGACCACGUACAGUAUCUACACCAACACGCAGAGCAUCUACUCGGAACCGCCCUACAAUUUCAGCUCGGAAAAGAUUGGCCUCUUAUAUCUAGGACCAGGACUGGGAUUCUUGACCUCGGUCCGAUUCCUCGUCCCACGCAUCGACGCCGUCUUCAACAAACUGACUGAGAAGCAUGGCGGACAGGCGCUCCCAGAGUAUCGUCUACCGCUCGCCAACGUCGGCAGCAUUCUGUCCCGGAUUGCCGCGACAUACUUCUACGGCGUGGGCCAAGUGGUGGUCUUCAACACCGUACAGAAUUAUUACAUUGAUUCGUUCUCGACGUACGCGGCCUCGGCCAUUGCAGGGGGAUCUGUAUUUCGGAGUCUGCUGGGCGGUGUGGUGCCCCUAGUCGCGCCGCUCCUGUUUGAAAAGUUGGGCUAUGGAUGGGGGAUCAGUUACUUUGGGUUUCUGGCGGUCUUGAUAGCGCCGAGUCCGCUGUUGUUUUAUUAUUUUGGCGGGCGGGUAAGGGAGAGGUUCAGAUCACUUUUUGAGGGAGGCCUGGAACACGGUGAUCGUGGUUCAAUUUCAUAUGAAGUCAUCAUGCAGCAUGCAUGA